UUACCGAAGCCUCACUUCCCUACAGCGAAUUAUUAUCAUGACUGAACAUCAAAACCGGGAAACCGAUCAUUACCCGCUCGGAACUGAUGGCUCGUAUGUUCCCGUUGGUGUUGAUGUGGAACGUUAUCACCAAUUUUUCAACGCCGAGUCUCAACGGGUUUUUGCCAGACAAGGAGACAGAUUGGACAUAGUCAGAAUCCUUUCCGGAACCGGGCAUGUUGAGUCGUCAGUUGUGGAAGAUGUUGUUGGAUUACAAAAACAAAUUGCGAUUAAUAAAAGUCCCUCUACUCAAGAUACUUUUUACUUGAUUUUUCAACAAUCUUCAUGGGGACGAUUUUGUGUUUCCUUGCGCGCAUUUAGGAUCUUACUUGCGUCACAUCACAUAUUCGUGCCAUUUCUAGAUUUCGUCCAAGCAUAUGGCUUUAAAACGCAUGAAGAUACUCACAACUGGAGUGGGUAUAGAUCGAAAACCUCCAGAGCAGCGGACCCUCAAGGUUCAGAUAUUCAUGAAUUCUGCUACAACUUACAAUAUGUAGAUUUGAAUGGACGGAACAGAGGAGACCCAUGGUCUUUACGACGGUGUGGAGUAUAUCAACAGAUCUGUCUAAAGACUUGUCGCUCUAGCUGGGUCCUUUUGCAAGUUUCAGACAGGAUGCGCGCACAACUAGACCAGACAUUACGAAACAGAUCACAAAAGAACGUUAAAUUGCGAAUCAACCCGAUGGUUCCACACGUUAUCUUUAUCUCGGCUAUGGCUGUAAACUGGCAGGAGUAUCUCGAACAUUUGCAGGUGCAGCUUUCAGUAUUAGACGAAAAGGCAUGUUUCUCGUGCAUAAACGGCAAGGCUAGCAAUGACUUCCAAGUCAGCCUCCAGGACAUUCAGAAUCUGCAGUUACUUCGACAAAAGCUCCUUAGAACUUCAGUCGUUCUCGUUUCAUGUUUGGAAGUUGUAAAAGUCUAUAUCCAACAGAUACAACGUCAUAGCAUUGAUAUCAACCGCAUCUUAGAGUAUUCAUUGGGAACAAACCAAUUGCUCUCCAAAAUCCUAGACAUUCGAGACAACAAGAAUCUCCAAGAAGCUGCCCAGGCCAUGCGAAAUAACUUGGAUAUCUUACAACGCACCGCCUCUCAGAUUCACGGGGACAAUACGACACUGACCCAACUUGCACGGCAGGGCCAUAAAGAUUCAAGAACGCUGAAGAUCCUUAGUAUUGUUGCAACGCUCUAUUUACCUGCUUCUCUAAUUGCGACUCUUUUCAGUUCUAGUCUUGUUCAAUCACAGCUUAACGACGUUGAUAACGCUACAAAAGGGACGCAUUUUGUAAUAUCCUCGCAGUUCUGGAUCUUUGUAUUAAGUUCGGUUUGUUUAACAGUUAUAACUAUUUCAUAUCCGCUAUUUCGAGCCACUAGGUAGUCUAAAAUAGGCUUAGGGGGUCGCUGAUAUUAGUAUAGUCAGG